GUGACCAUGGCUAAAUUGCUACAGUUCCUGCUAUUUGAAUUGAUAAAUUAACCAUUUCAAUGAGAAAUGUUAACAACCUGAUUUUGCUUUUUUUUUUUUAAUUAAGCAUUUAGGAGUAAUCAACAUAUGUUUAUUGGUUUGCCCCUUGCUCAUGUGAUUGAUGGGCCCUAACUUAAAAGCAUUGCACCUAGGGUGAAAGAACAUGCUUAUUCAUUAAAUGGAGAAAAAAAUCUUUAAAUGAAAAACUGGAGAAAACAAUUUGGGAUUAUUUUAAAAUAUACAUUGACCACCUAUAAGACCUGGCUCAGUUACUGCAAAGUACUAGUCCAGGUCAUUAACCUGUACACUUUAUUCAUCAGUACAUUACUGUAAUACUUGAGGCUGGUACAACAAUGGUAGAGGAUAGAUCAUUUUGACUUGGCAACAUGCACUACUCCUAAUUAAAAUUGAUUAUUAUAUCAGGUUCUGUUUGCAGAAUGGAGAAACUACAUUAUAUAAAUUAAUUGUUUCCCACUAUCUCAUUUUACUAUACUGAUGAAAAUGACCAUAUGUAAGAAAGGACAUUCCAUUGUUAAUCCUUCUCACAGGUAUUUCUUUUAACAUUAAUAAUAAAGCAGGUCAGGACAGUGUGACUGAGCCACCAUGAUUCCUAUAACUAAUGAAGCUACAUGGAAUUCAGCCUUCAUCAACUUGAUAAUUCACACCUGAGCUUUUCUUGCUGUCACAUGUGAAAAUGUCUGACAUGUGGAAGGCCUUCACCCAAGCCAUCUCUUUCGUUGCCUUGGUCUCUUGGCUUUGACUCACGCAGUGAGAGGAUAAACAUAUUGUUUUGCCGUCACUUCCCACAAUCAGUGGGAUUCUGGAUUGUUCUGUGACACUGCUGCAUGUCUGAAGUAGAAGUAGAAUCAAAUUUAUUGUCCUCAUAAAUGGGAUUUGACCUCAUAUUAUCUUUGUCCCGUCUUGGUUCAGUAUAGCAGAAUCCAUCCUGUACCUCACAAUUUGGACUUGUUCAGUGAUGACCCUCGGAUCGUGAUAAACAGCAGCUCUUUGCUGAACCUGGUAGAGUCAGCCUUGGUGAUUUGUUAGACUUCUCACCUGAAUUAAAUUGAAACUGAUUGCAAGCUGCUCCUAGUUUUAAGUGGGAGAGUAUCAGCAGAGCCUCCUGUGGUGCUCAUCACACUUCAUCACAUCUCAUUUAAACGCUUUUGAUUGUCUCUCUGUAAUUUUGCUGAGUUGGUUUCAGCUGAAGUUGGUGCACGAGCUGAGUUAACAGACAGUUGGAGACACAUUGUUUCAAGAUGAGCACAUUUACUGAUCUGGCUGCAGAAGAUAGUGUCUAUCAGCCUGAGGACAUGGAACUGACAUGUACUACACCUCCUGUCAGCUCUCCACCCAAGCAGAGUGAAGUGAAUGGUGGUUCAGAGCAGCAGACCAUGAGAGUUUACCUCAGAGUCAGGCCUUUCUCUAAAGACGAACGGUUGAACGAUGAAGACCAGGAUUGUGUGGUGAUUGAAAACAGCCAGAUGGUGACACUAAAUGCGCCGAAGGGUUCUGCCACCCUGAAGAACAGCGACAAGAGCAUCCACAAAUUCUCCUUCUCACAGAUUUUUGGACCGGAGACAUCACAGGCAGAGCUAUAUGAGGACACAGUCCAAAGCCAAAUGUCUGAUUUCUUGGAUGGGAAGAAUGCUCUGAUAUUCAGUUAUGGUGUAACCAAUGCUGGAAAAACCUUCACAAUCCAAGGAACCCAGAAAGAUCCGGGAAUACUCCCCCGGGUGCUGGACGCCACCUUUCACCAUAUCGGAGGUGACCAGUAUGAGGGGAUGGACCUGAAGCCCUACCUGAGGAAUGACGUACAAUAUCUGGAUCCUGAUCAAGUCAAGCAGGAGAGAAGUGCCAAAGCAGCCAUAUUUGCUUCAGUCAAAGAGGAGUAUGAUUAUCUCAGAGGCAGCGAUGGAUCCGGGUCCCUACCUUGUUCUUCCACCUCUCUGUCAUACAAUCAAACAGUGUUGACAAGUGAUCCAACAGAGGCCGACAUCAGCCAGUUUGCUUUGUGGGUGGCGUUCUUUGAAAUCUACAACGAGUGUGUGUAUGAUCUGCUUCAGCCUUCCCUGUGCACCAAGUCCAAGAAACGCUCAGCUCUCCGUGUGUGUGACGACGGUGCCGGAAAUGCUUACGUCAAAGACGUUCGAUGGAUCAACAUCCAAAGCCUGGGCGAAGCCUACAAACUCCUGCAGUUUGGGAACAAAAACAGAAGUGCCGCAGCUACUAAGAUGAAUCAGUCCUCCAGUAGAAGCCACAGCAUAUUUUCAAUGAAGUUACUCAAGAUUGACAGGGGUGCAGUUAAAAGAAUGUCAGAGUUUUCUCUGUGUGACCUGGCCGGCUCAGAAAGGUGCAACAAAACCAAGACAUUUGGAGAGAGGCUGAAGGAGGCGGGAAACAUCAACAACUCGCUGCUCAUUCUUGGGAAGUGCAUCACUGCACUGCGUAACAAUCAGACCGAACGAAUAAAAAGUAGCUACAUCCCCUUCCGAGAGAGCAAGCUCACCAAACUCUUCCAGGCUUUUUUCUGUGGCAAAGGACGAGCUUCAAUGAUCGUCAACAUUAAUCAGUGUGCUUCCACUUACGACGAGACUCUCCAUGUUAUGAAAUUCUCUGCCGUUGCCAAACAGGUGGUGCAGAUGAUCCCAGACAAACCUCUGGUAUCUCUGGCUCCCUGUCUGGUCGGUCGUGAUGGCAAACCUCUGGUGAGGAAUGGAAUGAUCGAUGACCAGGCCCUGGAAAGUUACCUGUCUGAAGACGAGCUGCUUGACGAAGAGGACGAGGCCGACAUGUCUCUUCUGCCACAGAAUGAGCUUGUGAAUAUGAUCGACAGCCUCCGAACAAAACUCUUGGCCGAGAGAAGAAGAAACCUGGUGCAGGAAAUGGAGAUUCGUAAGGAAAUGGGAGAUGCAAUGAUCCAGCAGAUCAUGGAGAGUGAAGAACUCCACACUCGACAGAUCGAGGAGUUGAAGGAGCGCUACCAAGAAAAGCUGGAGGACACAUUUGAGAUGUACAAGGAUGCUAUCAAAGAGCACGCCUACCAGAGCGCCAUGAACAACCUGGAAGAUGACUAUGUUCCUCUGGAUGAGUUCAUUGCUGAACAGGAGAAAGUAGAGGCACUAAGACGUAAGGUGUCCGAGUUGGAGAUGAGAGGAGCAUCUGCAGUUCCAUCAGUGGACGAGUCUUGCCAGACUGAAUCGCCUGAAGUACCAGAAGCAGAAGGGAACGAUCGAUACAAACGGCUUUACAAAGAAAAAUGCGCCAUCGAGAUGAUGUGUGAGGAUAAACAACAGCUUAUUUUGUCCCUAGAGAGAAGGCUGAUGGAGCUAAGUGAAACACUGAAGAAGGUCAGAGAUGGCUUCCUGGAGAAAUCUGCUGACCUGGAGGCUCUGCAGAGGAAGUCUGAUGGCGAGAUUGCUGAGAAGGACCUUGAGAUUGCCUCACUAAAGGCCGAAGUGGAAAAGCUCAAAUCCCCUUUGCAGCCCAAGGUGAAGCGAGGUCUGCUCGCCAACAUCAAGGAGGCUGUUACUUCUCCACGGAAGGGAGGGUCCGGCAGAAUCCUCAGGAAAACAGUUAAGACUGUACAACACUGACAUUUUAAUUUAAAUAAUGGGUUUUUGGGGAUACUUGUUAAAAGAAUCCCCAUCUGAGAAACUGUGCCUCUCCUUUUUAUGUUUUUAAUUGAGUUGUAAUGUG